AUGCUUGAUCCUCUCAACAAGAUCAUGUCAAUCCCUCGAACUAUCUUCCACAAGACCAUGUCGAACCCAAAGCCAUGCACUCUGCGAGACAUUGAGAAGGCGGCUAAGCAGGCUGACUCAGACGUAUACGAUAACAUUUCAGACCCGGAUCAGUACGUCUUCGAGUCCCUCCCGGGUCCGUCGAAUUCAACAGUGUCUCUUCUACUUGCGAAAGACGUUGACCAGACCGAGACGCACUUCAGGGUGCAAGGGGCCUAUCUUGAUGGACACCGCGUCUUCUUCGUCAUCGGCUCUGAGGGCUUAGUGCUCCGCGCUGGGGAUGCGCUCGAACUAGAUGAUCUAAGCCUCGAGGGAUUAAGGAUGCCGUUUGCUCAUCUAGCGCGAUCAAGCAGUCGGUUGAUGCCAAACGCCCUCUCAGCUUUGGGCGCCUUCGUCAGGUUCGUCUAUAUGUUGACCAACGGAGUCGAACAACAGCCUUGGGAUAUGGCGAUUCGAAUGGCAGACGUGUGCAAGAAGAUUCGGUAUGGCUACGAAGCUGAGCGUGCCCGGAAGCGGUCAGCAGACAAGAUGACAGACAAGGAAGAUCAAGCCAAGACCAAGUUCGCAUGUAUUAGAGAGAUCGAGGAGUCCGUCCAGAUUCUCGAAGAUAUAUCGAAGAAAGAGCUUUCCGCAGCCGCCCAUCGCGAGAACACUUUGCGGAACGACACUGCGGCUCUUCGUGCUAACCUAGACAAAGAGAAGUCUACAACCGCUCGUCUUCAACGUGAGCUCGCGGAUGCCAAAGCCGAGACAUCUCGUCUUCAGCGUGAGCUUGCGAUCGAGAAGACCAACAUCGCUCGUCUCCAGGGUGAGGCCUCGAUGCCGAGGCUCGUUAUCAGGUCGAGCUCGCAAGCUUGA